AUGGAUGAAAUUAAAGGUCAAGAAGAUGAAUUCAUCAAUCUUGAUAUUGAGGUAUUUAUUUCUUACUUUGAAAACCUUAAUAUAGAUUCUGAAUUUAACAUUUAUAAGGAGUACACAAGUGAAAAUUAUGAAAAUAUAGAUGUCAGUUUGACUUUAGAGGAUACUAUUAACCAAAGUCAACCAAUCUCACAGGAGGAAACAAUAGUUGAACCAAACCAACAACAAACUUCAACACAACAAUCAAUAGGUCACAAGAGGGAAUUGCCAACACAGAACAGAAAGUUAAUUGUACAACAAUUAACUUGUUUGUCUAAAGAACCAGAUAGAAGUUUGCCAUGGGGUAUAAUAAAAACAAUUGCAUUGCAACAUAACACAUCUAGGUGGACAGUAGCAAGGCUUUGGGAAUCAGCCAAAACAGAACUGCAAAAUGGCAUUGUAGUUGAUGUUAAUAGUAGAAAAAGGAGAAGAGUUGGUAGGAAACCAAGAGUCUUUGACAUAACUCUACUUAAUGCUGUUCCAAUUGAAAAGAGGACCACAAUUGGAGCAAUGGCAAGUGCAUUGGGCAUUGGGCAUUCACUAGUUUAUAGAAUGAUGAAAUCUGAUAAUAUUAGAGCAUAUACAAAUUCAAUUAAACCAAAAUUAUCUCAUUACCACAAAAUAAGAAGACUCAAUUUUAUUCUAUCCCAAAUAAUACCACCUACUGUAGACAACCUACUAAAGUUCAGUUUGAUGUAUAAUGUUGUACACAUCGAUGAAAAAUGGUUCUACAUGAGUAGGAAAACACCAAGGUACUAUUUAUUCCCUUGGGAAGAGGAAGAACCAUAUAGGUGUGUGCAAAACAAAAAUUUCAUAGGUAAAGUAAUGUUUAUAGCAGCUGUUGCAAGACCUCAAAUUAGUACUAAUGGAGAAGUGUUGUGGGAUGGAAAAAUAGGAAUUUUUUCAUUCACAGAGACUUAUUAUGCAAUGAGAAGGUCAGAAAACAGACCACCAGGUAUACCACAGCUAAGAGCAAUAACAAAAGUUACACGAGAUAUUAUUCGAGACAAACUAAUCAAUGAAGUUCUACCAGUAAUCAGAUUGAAAUGGCCAGCAAAUGGGGUCAAAGAUAUUUGGAUUCAACAAGAUAAUGUCAAGCCACAUAUUUUAACAAAUGAUCAAGCAUUCACUUAA